GCCACGAAAUCUCUGGCACCGACUCGCGAAUAGUUUCACGCCUACCGAGUGCUGCGUGACCGAGCCGUGCGUGAACGUUACCCAAACUCAGAUCGGUGGUUUUGAGAAGGAAACAAAAUGCCAGCUGUGAGAGGAGAUGGAAUGCGUGGACUGGCUGUGUUCAUUUCUGAUAUCAGGAAUUGCAAAAGUAAAGAAGCAGAAAUCAAGAGAAUAAACAAAGAAUUGGCAAAUAUUCGGAGUAAAUUUAAAGGAGACAAACCACUUGAUGGUUACCAAAAAAAGAAAUAUGUCUGCAAGCUCCUUUUUAUUUUCCUUCUUGGGCAUGAUAUUGACUUUGGGCAUAUGGAAGCUGUUAAUCUACUUUCAUCUAAUAAGUAUUCAGAAAAACAGAUUGGAUAUCUUUUCAUAUCAGUCUUAGUAAAUACAAAUAGUGAUCUCAUUAAGUUGAUAAUUCAAAGUAUAAAAAAUGAUCUUGCAUCCCGUAAUCCAAUUCAUGUUAACCUUGCACUUCAAUGCAUUGCCAAUAUUGGUAGUAAGGAAAUGGCAGAGGCAUUUGGUAAUGAGAUACCAAAACUACUUGUUUCUGGGGAUACUAUGGAUGUAGUAAAACAAAGUGCAGCACUGUGCUUGUUGAGAUUAUUGCGUACUGCACCAGAUGUUGUACCUGGUGGAGAAUGGACUUCGCGUAUUGUUCAUUUAUUAAAUGAUCAACAUCUUGGUGUUGUUACCGCAGCAGCAUCUUUAAUAGAUGCUCUUGUAAAAAGAAAUCCAGAUGAAUACAAGGGGUGUGUCAGCUUAGCAGUUUCAAGAUUGAGCAGGAUUGUGACAUCGAGCUACACAGAUCUACAGGAUUAUACAUAUUAUUUUGUGCCAGCACCAUGGCUGUCUGUUAAAUUACUACGAUUGCUACAGAAUUAUACUCCACCUGCUGAAGAUCCAGGUGUAAGGGGCAGACUAAACGAAUGUCUUGAAACCAUAUUAAACAAAGCCCAAGAACCACCAAAGUCAAAGAAAGUGCAGCACUCUAAUGCGAAGAAUGCAGUUCUGUUUGAGGCCAUUAGUUUAAUUAUUCACAAUGAUAGUGAAUUGUCGUUGUCGGUCAGAGCGUGCAAUCAACUUGGCCAGUUCCUUUCCAAUCGUGAGACUAAUCUCCGCUAUUUGGCACUUGAAUCUAUGUGUCACCUAGCUACAUCUGAACUUUCACACGAAGCAGUGAAGAAGCAUCAGGAGGUUGUUAUUCUCUCUAUGAAAAUGGAGAAGGAUGUGUCUGUGAGGCAGCAGGCUGUGGACCUUUUGUAUGCUAUGUGUGAUAAGAGCAAUGCAGAAGAAAUAGUACAAGAAAUGUUGAACUACCUUGAAACCGCAGACUACUCGAUUAGGGAAGAAAUGGUUUUAAAAGUUGCAAUUUUAGCUGAAAAGUACGCUACCGAUUACACUUGGUAUGUUGACGUUAUACUGAAUCUCAUUAGGAUAGCUGGUGAUUAUGUGUCGGAAGAAGUUUGGUACAGAGUUAUUCAGAUAGUCAUCAAUAGAGAUGACGUGCAAGGAUAUGCAGCAAAAACAGUGUUCGAGGCCUUACAAGCACCAGCAUGCCAUGAAAAUAUGGUUAAAGUUGGUGGCUACAUACUAGGCGAAUUUGGGAACCUUAUUGCCGGUGAUAAACGUUCGUCUCCAGCUGUACAGUUUCAAUUAUUACAUUCCAAAUAUCAUUUAUGCUCCCCAAUGACUCGAGCGUUGUUACUCUCGACAUAUAUCAAAUUUGUUAAUUUGUUUCCUGAAAUGAAAGGCCAAAUACAAGAUGUAUUCAAACAACAUAAUAAUUUACGUAGUGCGGAUGCAGAAUUGCAACAGAGAGCUUCAGAAUAUCUUCAACUAAGUAUUAUUGCAUCCAGCGAUGUCUUGGCCACUGUUUUGGAAGAAAUGCCUGCAUUUCCCGAGAGAGAAUCUUCAAUCCUUGCGGUGUUGAAAAAGAAGAAGCCCGGUCGAGUACCUGAGAACGAAAUCAGAGAAAGUAAAAGUCCUGCACCGAAUGCUAAUCAUCAUGUAGAGGCACCUGCCAAUGCAACAGGAACUGUUAAUAAUACAUCGGCAGAUUUAUUAGGUCUUUCCACACCACCAUCUUCUCAGCCAACCAGCAACACAGGAGUACUUUUCGAUGUGCUAGGAGAUAUUUAUAAUAUGCCGAACAAAGUCGGUGCUACGAAUGGUGCCCAAAACACGUAUAAUCCUAAGAAGUUUGUUUGUAAGAAUAACGGGGUGCUAUUCGAAAAUGAUUUAAUUCAAAUCGGAGUGAAGUCAGAGUUUAGACAAAAUUUGGGACGCGUCGGUCUAUUCUACGGAAAUAAAACUCAGUAUGCUCUUCAUAGUUUUCAAACUCAGCUUUCUUGGACAGAGGAGAAUCAAGCAAAAUUAGCCGUGCAAGUCAAGUCAGUAGAUCCAGUCCUAGAAGCUGGAGCUCAGAUUCAACAAAUGAUUAACGCAGAAUGUAUCGACGACUAUAACGACACGCCAAGUAUGAAUAUUUCUUUUAUUUACAACAAUGUGCCACAAAAAAUAACAAUGAAAUUGCCAUUAACUAUUAAUAAGUUUUUCGAACCCACGGAGAUGAAUGGCGAAUCAUUUUUUGCGCGAUGGAAGAACCUUGGAGGGGCAAAUCAACAACGUUCGCAGAAGAUUUUCAAGGCGCAACAACCAUUAGAUCUUACGCAGGUUCGCACGAAAUUGCAAGGAUUCGGAAUGCAAUUGCUCGACGGUAUCGAUCCGAAUCCCGAUAAUUUUGUCUGCGCGGGAAUAGUACACAUGAGGGCACAACAAGUAGGAUGUUUGUUACGUUUGGAACCUAAUAAACAAGCACAGAUGUUCCGUUUGACGGUACGCUCAAGUAAAGAAUCGAUGUCAGUAGAGAUCUGUGACCUGCUGGUGGACCAAUUUUAAACGGCCUAGCAGGCGUGAAGUUAAUCUAAGAUACAUUAAAAACGCCGUGGGAAGACAUAUCGUGAUCAUGAAAGAAUGUCGUCUCUCGACGUUCAGAAAGAUACUGAUGAUUACUUGUUAAGAGAUAUUCGUUGUACCCAAGCUUACGCUCACAGCGCGGU